AUGGCUUCUGACGUCUACUCCUUCGGGAUCGUGGCCAUAUAUGUGGUGCUUAAGAAGAUGGUGUUCUGGCCUGGCGAGGAGGCCGCCACGUGUACGAGUACCGACGGCGAAGCCUGCCGUUCAAUCCUUUACAAUCACAUCUCAUACUUCGGCGACUGGCCUGGCUUCCGCGGUCUUUUGAUGCACCUUGGGGACGAGAACGAGUACGUCGAGCGCCUGCUUGCCCUCUUGCCGGAGGUGAAACCCAAAAAGCCGUUUUCUCUGUGGGAGCCCGUGGACCCCGAGUUCCGGGAUUUGAUCUUGAAGAUGACGAGCCUGGAUCCGGCGAAAAGGAUAACGGCGCGCGAGGCUCCGAAGCAACCCUGGUUUCGCGAAGGCUGA